ACAUUAACAGUAUUUUCAUAAUAACAAAUACAAGUACUGCGAAUUUUUAAUUUUCCAUUUCUAUUUGAAAAUAUGUCGAUUUUGGAUUGUGGCUCAAAGCUUAACUCGAAUAUUUUGGUAAAAAACUACAUUUUAUUUGUAAGAUAUUCCGACCGUGAGCUAGUCGUGUAGGGUGCUUUCUAAAAUUCAAUCAAGGUAAAACAGACAAUUCCUCCUUUGGUAAGAAAAAUGGAAAAGAGCCAAACCUCUACGGGUGAAACUGAAGGCGAGGAACAAGAUGAACCCUCUUCCUCUUCUAUGCGAGAACAAGUGCAAAAUGCGGCACAUGACCUUGAUUCUUUUAGAGCCAGGUGGAAACAAGAGAUUUAUUCUCAACCUGCAAUCAAAGAACAGGUUGGUGGUAUAAAACCUUUUGUUCCUAAUGAGGAGCAUACAGAGUCAGAGGAUAUUGCUAAAGCAUUGUUUUUAAAAGGAAUUGACCUCGAAAGGUCUGGAAAACUGUAUGAGGCAAUUCAGUGCUACAAAAAAGCAGUUCAGUUGGUCCCGGACAUUGAAUUUAAAUUGGAUUACAGGCCGAAACCUACCGUGACUGAGGUAGAAGAUAAUGAAUUUGAAGAAGUUGAAAAUACUAAUGAAAGCGACAGUUCAGACAAUGAUGAAGUUAUUGAAGACGGACAGCUACUUUCCAGAAUCCAGAAAAAAAUGGCAAAGGCCGGGUACCUAUGUGCGCCUAAGAGUGAACAAUCUGGUACUCACAUAUCUGCUUUACCAUUGGAACUCAUACUGGAAAUAUUAAAAUGGGUGGUUUCUUCUGAUUUGGAUUUAAGAUCCUUGGAGAUGUUUGGAGCAGUUUGCCGCGGAUUCUAUUUAUGCUCUCGAGAUCCCGAAAUAUGGAGACUUGUUUGUAUAAGAAUAUGGGGUUUACACUGUAACCCAAACCCUGACCUUUAUGGUAGCUGGCGUAAUAUGUUUAUAGAAAGGCCCAGAUUGAACUUCAAUGGGUGUUAUAUAAGUAAAACUACCUACAUACGGCAUGGAGAAAACAGCUUUCAAGAUCAAUUUUAUAGGCCGUGGCACUUGGUCGCCUAUUACAGAUAUUUGCGAUUUUUUCCCGAAGGUACUGUUUUGAUGUUAACUUCAGCAGAUGAUCCUGCCGCAUGUGUCAAUCUCUUAAAAACCAGACGUCCAAGAACUCCGGUUAUGAUUGGAUAUUACAGGCUAAACGAUGAUAAAGUGACUUUAGUGGUGGAAAGGCAAGAAUUACAGAAAGGUGCCCAAUCUACAUAUAAGAAAAAUUCUCGGCGAAGAGAAAUUGAUUUGUCUGAACAAACUUUUCACAUGGAACUUCAAAUUCAAACUCAGAAAAAUCGUCGUCACGCAAAGCUGGCCUGGAGUUACUACUCCGUUUUUACAAAGUCAAAGCAAGGGCACGAGAGCACGUGCAAUUUUGACCUCUUAACAAACCGUUUUCCACCGUUGUGGUUUUCCAGGGUCAAAAGUUUCGCCGCUGAAUCAGAUCAACCAUUAAAUUAAGAAGAUUGUAUAUUUUUGUAUGUUAAAUUAAGGUGAGUACUUUCAUAAUCAGAGGUUCUUUUUAAAUAUGAGUAUCAUUUAUUAAUUGAUAUUAAUAAUUUAGGGCUACACUUGGGUGUUUUGGUCUAAUAGUCACUAUUUUUAAAACAAUAAGUUGGGGUUUUGUUGACACCCAAAAUGUAAUUAAAUAUUCCUUGCAUUUUACAAAUGACGAAUAUUUUUUUAUUUGUAAAAAUGAACAUUUCGUCUUUAUGUUUAUCAGAUAAAAUUAUUAUUCUUUAUUGAUGUUAAAUAGGACUAAGCCAUAUUAGAGAUUUACUUACUGUUUAAAAUAAACGAUUGAUGUUAUUAAA